AUGGCGGAUUCACGCGACACACGCGGCGAUUCAGCGUGUUCAGAUGAUUCGGAUAAGCUUAGUCCACAUGAUUUUGUGCAGCGUCAGAUGGACAAGAUGCGUAGUUUAGAUGAAGCGGAAAACUCUUCUUUCCUCGAGUCGGCGCCAUCACAUCGCAGCAGUAAUCUCAGUGGUACGAGUGAGCGUUCAGCAAAUAGAACAGUCUUUGAAAAACUACAGGCAUUGGCUCUUGCGGAAAAAAUUAAGCUUGAUGAACAGAAUAAUGGAUCUGGUGUCAAAAAUAUCAAUACGAAUGGACAGCCUGUGAUUCGACGCGUUAAUAAGAAAGGAGCGGCUACAGGUUUGCAGUACGCACGAGCAGGAGAUGUGCUGCUUGCUUUGAAUGGUGUGAGUGUCUCUGCAACGCCUUUUAGUGAAGUGAUUGAGCGAUUAAAGAAUCCGGAAUUUCCAGUCAAAUUAGACUUUCGACCAUUAAAAUUAAGUGAUUUGGCGUCAGCAGCUUCAGCUGCGACAACUAAAUGGGGACUACCUCGUACAGACUCGUCAAUUCAUAGCGGUGAUGCAUCAUCAGCUUUCUGUGGAUCUCCAGUAUCGUCGAAUGCAACAGUGGACAUGCGGAACAAUCGAGGAGGAGGAUGGGGUGAGUCGCCAUCGUAUAUGCCACAGAUGGAUGAACUCGUUACGACAGAUUCAAAUGAUGUUGAGUACGAUGUCGUGUGGAGUGAAGGACCUUUAGGGUGUGAAAUGAAACAACGAAAUGGACUCCCGGCUGUCAAGUCUGUAACCGGCACUGGUGUCACACCAUCCGUUGCGCAGAUUGCAGCAGGAGAUAUUCUCGUCAGUAUCAAUGGCUUGCGUGCAGAGGAGAUUGGUUUCAAAAGCACGGUAACGCUGAUGAUGCGAGCAACGAAGCCUGUAUACUUGAGAUUCCUUCGUGGUGGCGCACGACAGUCAACGUCGGGAAACAGCUUGAGCGAUCUACCACCCUACAGGGGGCCUCAGAGCAACAGAGGACCGUAUCACGAUAUAGGUGGAGCAGGGGCUGAUUCCGCGUCGCUGGAAUUAAAGCAGUAUACGGUGCUAUGGCGGGAUGGUCCUUUGGGGAUACAAAUCCGUACAUCCAGCAAAGGACGUGUCGUCGUCGCGCGACUGACUGGCGCUGGCGCGCCCAAUGUGAAUGAAGCAGUGAAACCAGGCGACAUUUUCUUGCGUAUCGCGGGUGUUGAAGUUGAUGAUUUGGGCAUCGCAGGCGCAUUUGAAAUGCUCAAAACGGUACGAAAACCAGUUGUGCUCGUCUUUCAGCGACGUGGACGUGGUUCAAAUCGCUUGAAUCCGCGUGGUCGACAUUUUGGCUUACCAACACCAGUACCCGGACCAUCAUCGUCUAUUGUACCUUCUUUCCGGCAACUACGAGAAGAGGAAGCUGCUGUUGCUGCAGCUGCGGGGAUUGUAGGAACACAUAGUGCCGGAUACAAUCACUCGAGUGGUAAUAGCCACGAGCAGCAGAUAAGAGCUGGAUUUCAAAGCUUAGAAAAUUACGCAGCUUCGGACGAUGGAACAAGUCAGGCAAGCUACGAUUAUCUAGACUCGCCGCGCUCAAAUGCUUCACACAAUCCAUCUGGUAACCUGUUCAAUGUUGACGGAGCCGUAUCUGAGAACGAGCCCGGUCGCCCAGUCCAACCACCACCAUUUCCAAGUAUGGAGUCACGUAGUGCAGACGAUGACAAAAGUUUUGAGGAAGAUUCAUUUCCAGCAGAAGCUCGCGAUGAAAGCCCAUCACUUACAGCAUUGCCGCCACCUCCAUCCUAUAUGGACGUUUUCACGGCCUCUGGACGAGCCAAGGAUCCUGAUACAGUGGUGCCUUCUUCAACUAGAAGUAUGGACCUCUCGAACAUGCCUGAUAACAAAUCAGGUGGUGGCGAAUAUUUUAGUGGACACAUGGAACUUCCUCCACCUUUUGAAGCUCACACGAACGCUGGCGUACUGCAUCCUCCACCACUUUAUCCCCAAAUUCAACUUCCACCUACAGAGGAGACUUCAUCAUUGCUUGGUCAGCCAAGUCGACUACAAGAGCUUCGACGUCAGUAUAUCGAGUCCGAGCGCCAACGCAACUUGCAUCAGAAUGGAAAUCCGAUGAUGGUAAGUACGUACUCGGAUAUUGAUGACUCAGGUCUUGUCGUACCUCAUCGAGGGCAAGCUUCAAUCGGGUCAUUACCCGGCGGUGCGCCACCUCCUCAACUCCCAUUACCGGAAUUGUGGGUGCGCUGGACCGAUGGUCCUCUCGGGAUCACAUUUAAGCGCAAAAAUGGACAAAUCGUCGUAUCGCGACUCACAGGCUCAGGAUAUUCGCCAGGUUUAACACAGCUUCGGUCCGGCGACUGGCUCGUGUCGUUUAAUAACCACUCGACCAGCAAUUUACGGCUUGGUGAAACGAUGGAACUGCUGAAGCGCUCGCCAAAGCCUGUGGAAAUGUGCUUUAUUGUUCAAUGA